AUGACGGGUAAAAAUGUCGAGCAUAGCCGAUGCUGCGUAGAGGCAGCGAUCAACGGAGUUGCAAUCGAAAUGCAGCUGGACUUGGACUCGGACAUUACAAUUAUACUCAAGCGCAACCGGAUCAACAACGUGGCACAACGGAUGUCUUCCGAGGACAAUUUGCGAAGACACCUGGAACGCUACCGAGUACCACCAAACCACGUUGAGGCCUACCUUACCGUGGCAGAGGUUUGCAUGAAUCAGAGCUUCUUUACGUUUAGAGGUAAGUUCUAUAAGCAAACCUUCGGACUCAGCAUGGGUAAUAAACUGUCACCCUUUUUGGCUAAUGUGUUCAUGAGCGAUUUUGAAGUGGAUUUAGAAAAAGAGAGACUUUUCCCUCGUGUUUGGUGGAGGUAUGUUGACGAUAUUUUUGCCACUGUGAAAGAACGACAUCUAGCACAAACACUUGAGUUGUUGAACUCCAAACAUACUUCAAUAAAGUUCACGGUGGAGAAAGAGUCGGAAGGAAAACUCCCUUUCCUGGACUUAACUAUUACCAGGAAAGAGGACAAUUCCGUAAAGUUCAGCGUUUACCGAAAACCGACGUCAACCAACCGGUACAUCACAUGCGAUUCUAACCAUUACGGCUCCCAAAAACAAGCCGCGUUUCAUUCGAUGGCACAUCGGUUAUACAGCAUACCGAUGGAGAAAGAGGAUUUCGAAGCAGAAAGGAAGAAAAUCCAUGAAGCGGCCGAUUUAAAUGGUUACGAUGAAGAGUUCGUGAACAAAAUUCUCCGGAAACAUGAAAGGAAAAGACAUCGACGAAACGCUACAACAUUAGAACCAGAGAAGGAGGAGAUUAAAAGAAUAAGUUUACCGUUCUUUCCAAAACUGACCAACACAAUUCAAAACGAUCUGAAGCAACAUGGAUUUUGGACAGCGUAUAAGAGUAAUCAUACGCUGAAGGACCUCUUAUGUUCUUUGAAAGAUAAAAUUCCGAGGGACGAAAUGUCAGGCAUCUACGAGAUCCCAUGUAAAAGUUGCCCUGCAAUAUACAUUGGCCAAACCCGCAGGAAAUUUAAAGUCCGAUUAAAAGAACAUAAAAACGCUGUUGACAACGAUAGACCCAACGAAUCCAGCGUGGCCGUCCAUUCUAAGGAGAACAACCAUGUGAUAGACUGGGAGAACGCAAAACUGAAAAAAUGUGUCAGAAAACCUUCACAUUUGAACGCUUGGGAAUCUAUGUUCAUCGAGACUGCUGAAAAGCCACUGAUGAACGAAGAUGAUGCCCCAAUAACUUCUGCCUCAUUCCAAUUGACGAAACAGAAGAUAAUUUAA